AAUCAUUUGGCGGAGCAUUAAAAGGCGAGCCACAGAGCAGUGGCAUCGUUAGUUAUCCGACGUUUCUGGACCCGUUAGGAUCGGCUCGAAUGAUUUUCUCUUGGCGCUUCCUAAACUGAAGGCCUAUGUUGUCUGUUAGCCUUUGGUGGUUCGACCUUUGCAUUGCCCCCUUCGUUACGAGUGAGGUUUGAAAAUUCGUGGGUGGUGUUUUGGUUUUUGCUUGUCGAACGUGGUGCGUGUGGUGUUAUUUUCUGAUACCAAGCGAAAGGAAUCAUAAAUCCGGUUUUAUCACCCUGACGGAGCGUGUUCGCGGCGUUUGAGUGAAGAAGUUUUUGGCAGCUCUUUGGGCACCCGCCCUUUGAAGUGGAUGUAUCUUACGGUAGAAGGGUAUCGGGAUCAUAAGGAUGUUUUGCAUAUCGUAUAAAUUUCGUGUUUUUGUUGACAGCUUGGUUUACCAGCAGCGGUUCGCCCCAUUGUGCUGUUCUAUCUCAAUAACAGUUAUCAUUUGCAAUGUGUUGUGAGUAGCAUAAAUAGUGAAAUAAUUUGAGCCAAUUGAAAUCGGUGACACAUGGUCAUCACGUGAAUCCAUCGUACGUGCUUACUAUUAUAUUGUGAAGGAACAAGCUGAUGAGAAAGGUUUAAAUGCGUGGACCCGCCGUUCAAAGCAGAUGAAGGUUAAAAAUUUCAACGUAUUUUUAAUUUCAGAGGAGUAAAACCAGCAGCCUGUGUAUUGAUUUAGAAACAUUUUGAUACGGAAGUACUGGCACACCGUAUGGUAUCUAGAACAGUCAGUAUUCCGAAAACUUAUCAUAACAUCCGAACAAUAGCCAACACGUAAAUUCCGUGCUAAAGUGAGAUUCCAGAAAAUAUAUACGGAACGUAGUGAAAAUAAAGAAAAAUUGAAGACAACCCGAUAUACCAUCUUUGGGAGAAGUCAAUAGGAGCCCAACUGCUGGGUGGAAAGAGAUGUGGCUGGAUCUGGUACCAAUCGAGUGAAAAGUAGAAUUGGUAAGAGUAUUUUCGAUCUACGUAUAGCGAUGGCAAGUGGCUCUUGAGUGUACGACAAAAAGAACCAUUGUAAGACUUGCAUUACUCGCGUAUAGUUUCAUAGUGCUACAAUUUGCGGAACGGAGAGGAGCUCGGCAGUCAAUGGAUGUUUGUCAUCUCUGCUCACUUCUACUAUUACUAUAGAGUGUAAACCGCCUGGAUCAGGUGCUGCUACCGCGCCGUGAAAACAGCAGCCGCUUUAGUGUAUCUCUCUUUUUGUGAAAGUGUUUCCGGAUAAAAAUCGUCAAAACGUGGGGUGAAAUCAAGAAAGGUCUCCAAUCGUUGUGGAUGACUAGACUUUGCAGUCCUUGGGAUUACAGUCAGAGUGACGAGUAUCCUGCUGACGAUUUUGCACAGUUCCUACAUCCGUCGUCCAUAGACAAUAAAGAAAUGGACGAGAUGUUGGUGCAGUGCAACAAGAACAGCGUUUACGUACUAAACUCCAGCUACCGAUACCGGGAUUUCGACAUGAUAGAAUUAUUCGGCUCGCCGGCUGGUCGAGCAUUAACAGUGAAUAAUAAAACAGCAGCCGAAAUGCACUCAUGUAGUAAAACGAGCAGCAGCAUCAACAACUCUAUCAGCAGUUGUACUAAUUCCACGAGCCACCACCCACUCAGCCAACAGCCUCUGUAUCAUCCAUUUCAAAACUGUGGCUUCAGUGGAACAUGUAGCACCAUCAGCACAGGCCUGAGCCACGAAACUCAUAGCAACGGUGAUCUGAUACGGUAUCGAACAUCAACCCACCCUCAGCAGCAAAACCCUUCACAUCCAACUACCAACUACAGCACCAGUAAUCGAACUAAUUCGAAGAUUGCCAAAAUAUGGAAGCUUUUUGACGAGGACCGAAUACGCAAAGAGAAAUCAAACAACGCUGGAAGCUCAACUAACGGCAAAAUUAGUGGGAGUGAUAUCUUCAGUCGAUGUCAUAGGCAGAAACAUAGCUCAGCACAAAUGGAAGCAAAGACCACAAAGGAUCUGUACAAUGAAGCGGCCCAGCUACUAGGGAUCAAAUGCACUCUCAGUGAUAGCUGUCGAUGCAUUGACUGCCAGAGCCAGUAUUUUGACUGCGAUGACUUUGAUUCUUAUUCCGAAUACUCGGAUAAAUCCUGCGACUUGGAAGACACUUCGAUCAUCAACCAGUCGUACUUCACUGUCGAACCCAACCAAUGUCACCUUGACAAUUUGACUGCGACUUGUCAUUCACGCAACGAAGUUGUAAAUACGAACCAAAGGCCAGUUAGCAGUACUGGAAUUGGUCUUAACUUUACAAAUCCAAAUUCACAUCUUGAAGAAGCGGAAACGAACCCGGAGAAAGAUAUAAAUCAAGAUGACAAUGGAAACAAUGGUUAUUGCCAAUAUUCAAUACCCAAUGAACCUCUCGAACUUGGUCCUCCGGAUGAAGACAACAGAUUCUCAGUAAGCAGCAAAAAAAUGACAUGGAAUGACGAGAAUAGAAACGAACUGGAGCAGCGAACAGAAGCAGAAGUGGGAAAAUUAGAAGAAAAUGGCAAUUGGGCAGUGUGAGGCGGACAAGCGACCACCAAAAUAUUCGUUCCCAUCCAUAAUACUCCCACAAAAGAUGGCAUUCUGGCAAGAAAUAAAAGCAGCUGCGAUGGUGCUUUCUUUCACGCUGGAGGAACCAACAAAAUUAACGAAGACUGCUAACAUCAUUUUAUUUGUCUUGCUGCUUUUGGCUCGUCUAUUACGCAAAAACGAUCGAAUCCGAAAAGAUCGCAGCUCAACACAAACGAAUAGAUAGAAGAUAACCAUUUCCUUUCGAUAAACUUCCUUUCACCUCCCCAGCAUCGAAAUCGUGCUGCUAAAUUCCCGGGUGUAGAAAGCACGUGACUAGCGCCAAAGUCACGUUCUACGAUCUGAUCCAUUAGUUUUAAGUGGAUUACUUCGCCUACGCUACGAACAUUGGUCUCGGUAUGAAUGCGAACCACGCGUCGUGUGGGUCAACAUUGUGUUUUUUUCCUUUCAAGGAAUACGAGGAUCCUGCUAGCCGAAAGUAAAGCAAAUCUAUCCAACAGAUGGAUAGACGAUUCAAUUCUGCUACAGCUAACAUGGGAAUCCAUUGAAACGCAACGCUAGUCGGCUUGAAGGUCACUGCCUUCUAUUCAUAGCUGGUCUUGCGAAUUCGAUAAUUCCCACGCAUUCCUGAUUGUAUGUAUUAAAUAGGAAAACGAUGGAGCGUGCUCUUCGGGAGUGAUUUUUUUUUGUUCUGUUAAAUUAGAAGUACGACAAAGCAAAACCUACAUUAAUUUAUUCAUAUUGUUAUCAAUAAUAACUUGAUCGGAUCGGAUAUAGUAAAAAAAGUAGGAUGAGGAAUUUAUUGCAUCACCGAUGAAAAUAUAACGAAAAUUAUUAUUAGCGCAUUGGAUUUAAGCUAGGUCGAAUAUUUUGCUAGAAUGAAAAUUAAUCAAAAGGGAACAAUUGAAGAUUUUCUUGAAUUAAAAAAAAAAGGACUAAAGAGAUGAAUGGAGCUUACGAUAACAUAAAAAUAUUAUAGCUGCUAAUAAUUUUCAGUCCGAAACGCGUUUGACCAAUAUGCGUCCCAAAACUUACGAAAAGUGAAACAUUCUAAUGGUUGGUAGGAGCGAAAUCGAUACUUUCGAACACCUGUCUUGAACGUUACUCAAUCAACUCGCUCAACAGAAACAGACAGACAAAUUACACUCUUCCAUUGCACAGGUGUCAUAGUAACAGCUUAUUUCCUUCCACUUUCACUUCCUCAUUAUGUCUUCGUUCAGGACACCAGUUGGCGUAUCUAAUUUUCGAGUUUAGGAAUCUUAAACUGGACUUUGUGAGUUGAUACACUUGCUGCGAGAAACUGCUUCUGCUGAGGUAAUUGGAAUGGAUGGUAUAACAUUAGUGUGUAACUGAAAACUGGAGAGGGUGUUAUUAUAGAAUAUAAUGUUUCAUUUUCAUCUUGGUCCUGUUUAUUAAGAUAUCGCAGUGUUGCUAUCAGAAAGAAGAGAAAUAAAUUUACCUGGUUCUUUUUAUUCACGGCAUGUAAUCAUGAUUCAAUGUUCGUUUUAAAUUCCUAGAGAAAUGAAAUACAUGGAAAUAAGCAUUGUCAAGACAAUAUCCGAUUGUACACUCUAUGAUAAUUUGAAUGGAAAUGAAUUUCUCGGCAGUCAUUUCACCGAAAGUCGUUCCGCCGAAAGCCAUUUCCCCGAAAGCCAUUUCACCGAAAGCUGUUCCCACAAAUGAACCAUUAUACCUAAAGAGUCUUUUAGAAGAAAAUAAUUACUUAACUGAAAAUUCAAUUGCCUAAUAUUUGAAUAUGAUAAAACGAAAGUAAAUGCAAUGUAAUAUUGUUAAACAUUUAGCUUGAGUGGCACCUUUCGUAAAAUGAUUGUUUCCAUUUAAAGGAUCAUAAGUAAACCUGGAAAAUUCAAUCAAGAGAGUACAUGAGGAAGUAAUUUAAUCAGAUCAACAACACUGGCGUUAAUACCAACAUUUUUCAUAUUUCUUCUUUUGAAAUUAUUUGCAAUACAAUACAACAGCAAUUGUAUGGUUCAACGGAUAACCCUUUCUUCGAAAUUGCAUUCGGUGGAAAAGCAUUCGGUUGAAUGAGAUUUUCGGUGAAAUGGCUUCGACGAAGUUAUCGUGGCCUAAUUUUAUUUUGUAAUUAUAUUUGAGAAUUAGGGGUUUCUUGAGAUCGGCUAUAUCUCUGUUCGAUAGAUUGACUCUACUAAUGAAAUGAUACCGUAAAAUAACUAUCGAAAUAUAAAACCAAUUCCUGGGAAGAUAAUUUCACACAUUUUUCAUCAAUAUUCGACAAAAAAAUUAGACUGGAAAUAGACUAAAGAACGUAAUAGCUGAAAUGAAAACUUGCGAAUAUAUUACCAUAGAGACAGGGCUCGAACCCGCAGCUUCCUCCUAUGCGGAAAAUUGCGAUUUUUUACCAAAACAAAAAUACUCAAUUAGAAGUUAAUUUAACUCGCGGAAUGAUUCUCCGUCUCCAACGAUUGUCAGCUUAUUACUGUUCGUUCGUUUCCAUCAAUCCACCAGACUUUAAUACCGUUCCGUUGCGAAAUAAAUACUGUCCCAGAAAGUAUGGACGCAUUUCGCUAUAAAUAAUUCCCAAGUGUUAGAUAUUCAAAUUUUAUUCGAUAUACUGAUAAUAUUAGACUACAACAACAGAAUAUUAUUCUCAACAUUUGCUACUUAGCCAUUGUAGACUAGCUGGCGCACCUUUUUGCGAAUGUUCCUCAUUAAAUUCCGUACAGACUUCUUGGCGACAGGUUUUGACACUAUUUUCCAAUCUUUUUGAAACUGUUGAAUGGUUCCGGCUGCCGAGACAUGUUUCCUAAGAUGUGCCUUCAUUGAUGCCCAAAAUUCCUCAAUUGGUCGAAGUUGUGGGCAAUUUGGUGGAUUCAUGUCUUUUGGGACGAAAGUCACAUUUUCGGUAGUAUACCAUUCUACCGUUGAUUUCGAGUAGUGGCAAGAAGCAAGAUCUAACCAGAAGACAACAGGAUCCUUGUGGCUUCGAAUCAUGGGUAGUACUCGUUUUUGUAAACAUUCCUUGAUGUAUAUUUCUCUGUUGAUUGAAGAAGUGGUGAUGAAAGGUUCCGUAAUCUUACCGCACCUACAAUUUGCUUGCCAGACCAGACUUGCCCUUCUCGCAUCGUAUAAUAUUGUGGUUCCGGCAACGAUAUGUAAUCGAGUUUCACGUAGGUUUCGUCGUCCAUGAUUAUGCAGUUCAAAUUUCCAGCGAGAAUCGUAUUGUACAGCUUUCGAACCCUCGGCCUGAUCGAUGCUUCUUGUUUCGGACUACGUUUUGGUUGUUUCUGCUUCUUAUAAAUUCGAAGAUUCUUUAGCACGAAGAACAUUUGACUUCGAAGUGCCCACUUUUUAUGCCACAUCCCGAACUGAAACCUCGGUAUUUUGCUCGAACGCCUUCAGUAUACGUUUAUCCAACUGAGGAUUAGCAGGAUCUUUUUUCGACCCGUUUUCGGUUUAUCUGUUUAUCCUCGAACAGCUUUUUCACUUACUCCUUCCAUUUUUGCUAUCUUUCUCAGUGACAGUCCGCGUUCUGUGCACCAUUUGUACACAAUUUUUCGACGUUGUUCUGCUGAAAGUCCACGCAUUUCGAAACAAACUAAUGAAAACGAAUAAACAACUGCACAAGUGGUUAGAGAAGAGUGUAAACAACAGGACGCAGCCAUAAAAAUUGACAGAUUCUGAACCAUUGCGAAAUGGCAGCGGUUUUUGGUUACGUCCAUACUUUCUGGGGCACUCUUUAAAUAAAAUAUAGUUGAUUUCAUUCCAACCACUAAUUAACAACCAAAUACAUAUAUGGACUGUCAUCCACACGGUUAAACUAUUUCGAAUGUUGUAUGAAGGAACUCACUUCACGAAUAAGGAAGUAGUUCACGAACAAGGAAGAAAAAAAAAACAAUAUAGAGCCAAGAAACAAAGUAAAAGGAGGUUUAUUUAAAAGUUUUUUAGUUAGGCAAAAAACUCAUUUCAAUCCUUGUUGUUCCAUUACGCCCUGAAACUUUAUCAGCAAAUUUAAUUUAUUUUGAUAAAGUUUCCUCCAUCAUCCUUACUGCAAGAAAGAAAAGAGAUAACAAAGAAAUGAAAAAUAAAUCUUAGUUCUACGCAAAUAGACAACUUCAACUGCAUACAAACUUCCGAUAACUUGCAAACGACAGAAUUGGCCACAUAGCUGUGCAUUCUCGGACAAAGUUCAUAGGUUUGUUAAUGAGAAAAAAUUUGUUCAUGGAAGUUAAAACCAAAAGCAUGCGAUAAAAUUGCUCAGAAAAUAUGUUGCAUUUUUUUUCCUUUUUUCAUUCUACAAAGAAACAAUAACCCCUCUCAGAGGAAUUGCCAUCAGAAAAACUCAAAUAAUUGCCACUAUGUACAACAGUUCGCCCUACUAUGCAGUGAAAUGAAAGUAAUAAUGUAGUCGAAUAUAAAAAUAUUAUUCAUGUUAUAUACCAUGUUCUACAAAGAAAUAUCUAUAAUGGGAGCUUUACUCCCUGCGAAAAUAUGUUUGUUUGAUAAUGAGAAAGCGAUGAAAAUAUUUUCUAUGAGCUCUAAAACUCUGUUGACGAUUGACUAGGAUAAACGAAAAAUGAUCCAAAAUGCCAAAUACAUAAUAUAUUAUAACAAGAAAACACUUUGUGCCCUCGUAUUCCCAAAUAAACAAGAUAAUAUCGUAAAUUUAAUGUACCGACCUGUGAGCAAAUUACCAAAAUCCUAUUAUUGCAAACUUGACAUAAGUUUCAAAUCUUAAUGUUAGGAAGGAAAAGUUAGUUACCAUUAUGGCCAAUAAAAUGUUAAGAUGA